UUCCAAAAUAUGGAGCAAAUUAUUUAUUUUUUCGAAACUCAUGACUUAAUUUAAGUAUUUUGUUCUGCGGUAUUUUUCCCAGUGAUUCAAAAGCUUUCUGGUAAGUCUUCCUACUCUUAAUAGUGUCAGAGUUGUGUCCUAUACGUUCCAGUGAACUUCAGAAACUAAAAAUACAAUGGAUCGUAAAGGUAUCUGAGAACUGCUUUGUUUUUGGAAUAUGCAAACCUAUUACUUCUUGCUGUUUUUGUUUGCUCUUUCACUACUCUUCAUUACUUGGCUGUUUUUGCUUGCUUUUUCAUUACUGGUCAUCCACUUGAGAGAUGAGCAUGAGAAUUCAAACAACAUUUUGAUGAAUAUUGCAGAUUAGUAUCCUCAACUUUAUUCCAAGCCUGCCUGACUACAUCCCAGAGGCUAGAGAGCAAAAAACUACAUUUCCCAGUCUGCUCUGAAGUUCUGAUGUGCAUGUGACUUUGCUUCAACCAAGCAGAUAACAAUAGGAGAUUUGGAAGAGGAAAGUGGGAAGAGACCACAGACAGUCUGGGAUUCAUCUACGCUCUUAUCAACUGGAGGGAGUCACCUGGCUGGCACAGUGCUUCCUUUGUCAGAAUGGCUGUAUCCUGGGAGAUGAGAUGGGUCUGGGUAAAACCUGCCAGACUAUUGCUCUCUUCAUUUACUUGGCAGGAAGGCUAAAUGAUGAAGGACCAUUUCUGAUACUUUGUCCCUUGUCUGUUUUGAACAACUGGAAAGAAGAGAUUGAGAGGUUCGCCCCAGGUCUUUCCUGUGUAACAUAUGUAGGUGACAAGCAGGAGAGAGCUCACCUACAGCAAGACCUAACACAGGAGUCGUGUUUUCAUGUGCUGCUAACUACCUAUGAGAUUUGCUUGAAAGAUGCAUCAUUUCUAAAAUCCUUCCCUUGGAGUGUGCUCGUUGUGGAUGAAGCUCACAGGUUGAAAAAUCAAAGCUCCCUGCUGCAUAAGACACUUUCAGAGUUUUCAGUAGUCUUCCGUCUCCUGUUGACUGGAACUCCCAUCCAGAACAGCCUUCAAGAGCUCUACUCCCUCCUCAGUUUUGUGGAGCCUGCUGUCUUUUCCAAGGAACAGGCAGAAGAUUUUGUUAAACGUUACCAGGAUAUUGAGAAGGUGUAUGAGUCAGCAAGUGAACUACACAAACUCUUGCAGCCAUUUCUGCUGAGGCGAGUAAAAACUGAAGUAGCUACAGAGCUUCCCAAGAAGACAGAAGUAGUAAUAUAUCAUGGCAUGUCAGCAUUGCAGAAGAAAUACUACAAGGCCAUUUUGAUGAAAGACCUAGAUGCAUUUGAAAAUGAAAUGGCAAAGAAAGUUAAGCUUCAGAAUAUCUUAUCCCAGCUUUGGAAGUGUGUGGAUCACCCAUAUUUAUUUGAUGGUGUAGAGCCAGAGCCUUUUGAAAUUGGAGACCACUUGAUUGAGGCUAGUGGUAAACUUCACCUGUUGGAUAAGCUGUUGGCAUUUCUGUAUUCCAGGGGUCAUCGAGUUUUACUUUUCUCCCAAAUGACCCAAAUGUUGGAUAUUCUCCAAGACUAUAUGGAUUACCGAGGCUAUAGCUAUGAGCGUGUGGAUGGUUCUGUGAGAGGAGAAGAGAGACACCUGGCCAUUAAGAACUUUGGACAACAGCCCAUUUUUAUUUUUCUCUUGAGUACCAGGGCAGGUGGAGUUGGCAUGAACUUAACUGCAGCGGAUACUGUUAUUUUUGUUGACAGUGAUUUUAAUCCGCAGAAUGACUUGCAAGCAGCUGCCAGGGCUCACCGAAUUGGCCAGAACAAGUCUGUUAAAGUUGUUCGACUUAUUGGCCGAGACACUGUGGAAGAAAUAGUCUAUAGGAAAGCAGCCUCUAAACUGCAGCUCACCAACAUGAUCAUAGAAGGAGGCCAUUUUACUCUGAAAGCCCAGAAACCUUCGACUGAUGCUGACCUCCAGUUGACUGAGAUACUCAAAUUUGGUUUGGAUAAACUGCUAUCCUCUGAGGGGAGCACCUUGAAUGAAAUUGACCUGGAGUCUAUACUGGGAGAAACAGAAGAUGGCCAGUGGAUCUCUGAUGCCAUGCCUACAGCAGAAGAAGGAAGCAGAGAGCCAGAAGAGGGAAAAAACCAUAUGUACUUAUUUGAAGGUAAAGAUUAUUCUAAAGAGCCCAGUAAGGAAGACAGAAAAUCAUUUGAGCAACUGGUGAAUCUUCAGAAAACACUUUUGGUGGAAACUAGUCAUAAGGGCCGGUCACUCCGAAAUAAAGGCAGUGUUCUCAUCCCAGGCCUUGUGGAGGGGUCUAACAAAAGGAAGCGAAUCUUGAGCCCAGAAGAAUUAGAGAACAGAAGGAAGAAAAGAGAAGAGGCAGCAGCCAAGAGAAAGACACUAAUAGAAGAGAAGAAAAGGAAAAAGGAAGAGGCUGAGCAUAACAAAAAGAUGGCCUGGUGGGAGUCCAACAAUUACCAGUCAUUCUGCCUGCCUUCUGAGGAGAGCGAACCAGAGGAGCUCGAGGAUGGGGAAGAUGAGAGCUCUGCUGAACUGGAUUACAAAGACCCAGACUUGACCUCAAUCAAGUAUGUUAGUGGUGAUGUCACCCACCCUCAGGCUGGGGCAGAAGAUGCUCUCAUCGUUCACUGUGUAGAUGACUCGGGCCGCUGGGGCAGAGGUGGUUUAUUCACAGCUCUGGAAACACGGUCAGCUGAGCCAAGAAAAAUAUAUGAGUUGGCUGGGAAAAUGAAAGACUUGAGUCUGGGAGGUGUCCUUUUAUUUCCUAUUGAUGAUAAAGAGUCAAGAAACAAAGGACACGAUUUGUUGGCCUUGAUUGUGGCUCAGCACCGUGAUCGCUCCAAUGUCUUGUCUGGCAUUAAGAUGGCAGCCCUAGAAGAAGGCCUGAAGAAGAUAUUUUUAGCAGCAAAGAAAAAGAAAGCAAGUGUCCAUCUUCCACGCAUCGGACAUGCCACGAAGGGUUUUAACUGGUAUGGAACUGAGCGUCUUAUUCGGAAAUAUUUAGCCACAAGAGGCAUUCCAACUUACAUAUAUUACUUCCCUAGAAGCAAGGCUGCUGUCCUUCAUUCACAAUCAUCGUCUACUACCUCAAGAAAGAUGGUGCCUUAAUAAUUGGCCCAGCAUCAGAUCCACCCUUUAGCAACCAACUGAUAAGAUAUGACUUGUCCAGAGCUAUUGUAAUAGAGUAUUUCAAAAAGGAAUUGUGAUCUGGUGGGCCUCUGAGAUAUUGUUUUUUGUUUGUUUGUUUGUUUUUUAUUCUGAUUUUGUUCUGGAUAUAUUACUCUGAUUUGGUACCUGUAAUACAGGAAUGUAUGGUUUAUUCAGGAAGCCUUUUUGGCAGCUUGCCAGGACCCCAAUAUCCCUAGUUAAUUGUAUAAUAAUAAAUUUUCUAUCUUAAUGUU